CUCGUUACUAGAUGCCGCACCCGGUUUGCUAUAGCUCUAAAGCAUAGAGUAAAUAAAGUACUAGCUCUAAAGAUGCGUAGACCAAUAAAUGUCUGGGCUGUUACAGAACGCGGGAUAAUUAAAUUUUUUUACGCUUGCGUUUUAUUUGUGAUAAUUGUGGAGUCUCGAGAAAAGUUUAAUGUUCUUCUUGUGAUUGCUGAUGACCUUCGUCCAGCUCUCGGUUGUUAUGAGGAUAAAAACGCAUUUUCGCCACACAUUGACAGUUUUGCUAAGAAGAGUAUUUUAUUUUAUCGUGCAUAUGCGCAGCAAGCGUUAUGCGCUCCCAGCCGCAACUCUCUCCUGACUGGCCGGCGUCCUGACACUUUGCACCUGUAUGACUUCUACAGCUACUGGCGGGACGUUGCUGGCAACUUCACAACUCUGCCCCAGCACUUCAAAGAUAAUGGAUACCACACAAUGUCCAUUGGGAAAGUUUUCCACCCAGGCGUCUCCUCGAACUGGACGGACGACGCCCCCUACAGCUGGUCGCAGCCCGCCUACCACCCGCCCACGGAGCAGUUCAAGGAGUGGCCGGUGUGCCUGGGCGAGCACGGGCGGCCGGAGCGGGCCGUGGUGUGCCCCGUCGAGGUGCGCUUCCAGCCGGGCCGGUCGCUCCCGGACCUCCAGGUCCUGCAGGAGGCCGCCAGCUUCCUGGAGAGGGGGCAGCGCUUCCUGCUGGCCGUGGGCUUCCACAAGCCCCACCUGCCGCUCAAGUACCCGCGCCGGUACCUGGAUCACCAUCCUUUGGAUUCGGUUAGUUUGCCGAAGGACAGAUGGCGCCCUGCCACCAUGCCAACCGUGGCCUGGAAUCCGUGGACAGACCUUCGGGAAAGGAAUGAUGUUGCGAGGCUGAAUUUGACGUUCCCAUUUGAUCCGAUGCCCGAUCGCUACAGCAGAAUGAUACGUCAGAGCUACUACGCCGCAACCACGUACAUUGAUGACUUAUUUGGUCAGCUGAUGGACAAGCUCAUAAGCACUGGUCACAGCAACGACACCAUUGUGCUGCUAACAGGAGAUCAUGGCUGGUCCAUGGGGGAGCAUGGGGAGUGGUCCAAGUACAGCAACUUCGAGGUGGCUGUGCGGGUGCCGUUCAUCCUGUUCGUGCCAGGCGUGACCAGCCCCUCGCUGCUGCACACCCACCGGGGGCGGCCCUCGUCCAGCCCAGGACUCGCGGAGCUGGUCGAUGUGUUCCCGACGCUGGCCGACCUGGCGGGGGUCCCCCUGCCCCGGCUGUGCCCGGAGGAUUCGAGCGCCGUGCAGCUGUGCACGGAGGGCGUCAGCCUCAGGCCCCUCGUCGAGCAGGCUGUUGGUCGGGGAGGAAGACCUGAUCGCGGCUGGAAGGCCGGAGUGUUCAGCCAGUACCCUCGGCCGGGCACGUUCCCGACACGCCGCCCCAACAGCGACAAGCCGCGGCUGAAGGACAUAGCCGUGAUGGGCUACUCGCUGCGCACUCCCGACCACCGCUACACGGAGUGGGUGCAGUUUGCCGACGGCCGUGGCUCCUGGGACCACGUGCUGGCCCGGGAGCUCUACGACCACCGGCUGGAUCCCGGCGAGGACGUCAACUUGGUCAACCGACCGCAGCUCGGGCAGUUGGUCGACCGCCUGAGCAGCCAGUUGCGUGCUGGCUGGAGGUUGCAGCCACGAAGAAAAAUCACUGUCAAGAAGCCAUCUGUCGUUGAAUGAAGUCUUUCUCAUCUUCGACAUUUUAGAGAGGUCCUAUUACAAACUAUAUUGUGGUAAGAAACCUAUAUCAUCCAUGAAUAUGUGAAUUUAUACGACUUUUAAAACGCACCAAAGCCGACGCCACAUUGCUAUCAUAUUCACCACACAGCGGUCUCUAUAAAGAAAGGACUCCACUACAGCUAUGAACACGUGUGUGCUGGAUCAGCAUCUGUUAUCACAUCCUUUCUCUACGCUCCCGCACAGCACGGCACCAGGGUGGCGACCAACCGGGAAAACUGGGAAAACCGGGAAAAGUCAGGGAAUUUUUCCAGCAGGGAAAAGUCAUGGAAAAGUCAGGAAAUUUUUCAAAUAGUCAGGGAAAAAAUUAAAUCUUGUCUAAAGUUCCUGCUGCAGCAUUUUACAGCUUAAUAUUAUUCAUAGGCUUUGUUAAUUUGUUAAUUGUAUGUAGCGAAUUAUUAUCUGAAAUUAUGAAUACUAUAUUUUAUACGAAGUUUGACAUUUUAAUGAAGCCAUUUUUGAUGUCGCGGGUCCAUGAAAAACUCUGCUGUGUUUGCAUUGCUGAUAACAGCUGGCUGGCGUGCGCGCGCAUGCAUUGUAUUGCCACCAUAGGCAUGGUACGUGUACCAAAUUAUUCUAUGCUUACUAGUUUUAUAGCUCAUAGUACACCGAGAUGACCGAAAUAGUUUUAUUUUUGUUUCUCGUAUUAUUGGCAACUGUGGUACAAGUACACGAACGUUUUGGGAUGAAAGCGUGAGUGCUUUUUUUUUUGUUGCUAGUCGUGUUGUGUAGUGCUUCUCUACGUUUUACUUUUCAGAUGUACUAUUUAUUUUAUUCUGCUGUCCUCUUUGUGUAAACGUUUUGAAUAGUGGCGUGUACAUGUUUUCAGUAUUAUUUAGUAAGCUAGUCGGGCUUUGUUCUGAAGAUAAAAAGGAGAGAAUAGAUGUAGUAGACAAAGAUGGGGAAAAAAUGUGCGCGGGAUCAGAUAUGAACGUGUGGGCUUGGGAAGAAUAUUGCCGUUGCUGAAAGCUAAGAGUAAAGGUGAUUAAUGAGUUAAAGUGUUUAUUUGGUUAUAUUCAAAUUUUUAGCCCAUUACUUUUAUGGAGUAAAACAUUUUUUUAAUGAAUUCCAAUACAGGAUAAGAAAAGUGAAAGGUAAAUAUUAAGAGUAGCUAAUCAUUAGACUUGCGCAUAAUAGUUCGCGACCGGGAGCGCUCCUAUUAAAAACGUUUACACAAAGAGGACAGCAAAAUAAAAUAAAUAGUACAUCUGAAAAGUAAAACGCAGAGAAGCACUACACGACUGGGAAUAAAAAAAAAAGCACACACGUGCGAACUAGGUCGCUCUUUUAGUUCGUCCGCUCCCAUCUCGAAUUCAAAGAAUCAGAUAGUUCGUUCGCUUUGCUACCGCUACUGCAGGCGAUCUUCUUUGUAUGUUAUAGUAGUUAUUUUUCAUAAUGAUCAGUGUUAUGAACGCUUAUAUUAUUAUCCAUUUUUGGGUUAUUAUACAUGAAAUGAGUAAAUAAAACAAUAAUUUACAUAAUUGGGUAAAAUGGCGUAUAUAACAGUUGUUUUUAAUCUUCACUUAACAUAUAAUGUAAUCGAAAAAUUUUAAUUUAUAAAAGGAUUUA